AUGCGCUGGUCCCGCUUCUCUACCCCGUACCAGUACUGCCAGGUCGGUCCGCUCCCCCACCUUUCUCCCCAUGCGCUGGUCCCGCUUCUCUGCCCUUACCAGUACUGCCAGGUUGAUCCGCUCCCCCACCUUUCUCCCCAUGCGCUGGUCCCGCUUCUCUGCCCUUACCAGUACUGCCAGGUCGGUCCGCUCCCCCACCUUUCUCCCCAUGCGCUGGUCCCGCUUCUCUACCUGUAUCAGUACUGCCAGGUCGGUCCGCUCCCCCACCUUUCUCCCCAUGCGCUGGUCCCGCUUCUCUACCCGUACCAGUACUGCCAGGUCGGUCCGCUCCCCCACCUUUCUCCCCAUGCGCUGGUCCCGCUUCUCUGCCCCGUACCAGUACUGCCAGGUCGGUCCGCUCCCCCACCUUUCUCCCCAUGCGCUGGUCCCGCUUCUCUGCCCCGUACCAGUACUGCCAGGUCGGUCCGCUCCCCCACCUUUCUCCCCAUGCGCUGGUCCCGCUUCUCCGCUCGGUUUUGUUUUACGCGCGGUGGCGCUGUCUGCCGGCUGUUUCUGAAUUUCCCGCUAUCAUGGCUGUUGUGUUGGUUGACCUGGACUUAUGCCUGUUCCUAUCCCUUGCCUCUGUCGGGUACGUUUGGCCGACCUGCCUCGGCCCGGCAGUGUUUCUGCCUGUUCCUAUCCCUUGCCUCCGUCGGGCGGAUCUGGCCGACCCGCCGUGGCCCGGCGGGGGUUCUGCCCCCUCCUUCUCUUCCGCCCGAACUCUGGGAUAGUGCCCGCACCUGCCUAGGGGUCCACUUCAUGCCCAGGCCUCCGGUGUUUCCGCCUGGGAGGCGGCCCUACCCGGGACAUAUGCGUCCCGCCCAGGGAAGGCUCUCUUCUACCCCAUCCUCCUCUUCCGCCCGAACUCUGGGAUAGUGCCCCACACCCGCCUAGGGGUCUGCUUCGUGCCCAGGCCUCCGGUGUUUCCGCCUGGGAGGUGCCCCUACCCGAGAUACAUGCGGCCUGCCCAGGGAGGGUUCUCCACUAGCCUAUUGCCACCUAGACCUGUCUGUCUGUCUGCCUGCCUGAACCUCGAGGACCUGCCUGCCUGAAACCCAGGAGCCUGUCUACCUGAACCUGAACUUCGGGAGCCGCUCCGCUCUGCCUGCCUGACACUCUAUCCACCUGAACCCCAGCUCUACCCUUAAGUGCCAUGGCAUCCCCUUCCUGUCCUCACCCUAGUGCUUCAGUGUCUGCGUCCUGCGUUUGGGUCCAUCUGGCCCCUCCUGACAAACAUAGAAGGAAUAGAUUUCUUAGGAUCUGAAAUAUAGACUAACAAGUCAUCUGCAUACAACGAAACCUUAUGCACUUUAUCCCCUCCUUUAAUACCCUGAAUAUUGUCUUGUUUAUUAUUUAUUGUAAUGCCUGCACUGUUUUGUGCACUUUAUGCAGUCCUGGGUAGGUCUGUAGUCUAGUGUAGUUUUCUUUGUGUUGUUUUUACAUAGUUCAGUGUAGUUUUUAUACUGUUUCAUGUAGCACCAUGGUCCUGGAAAAACAUUGUCUCAUUUUUGGACUGGACUGGUCUGUUGGAGUCCAUUGUUAUGGAUGAGGAUUUGCUGUACAUGGAGGCACAGUCCAAAGUCAGCAUGUUUGUUAAGGGGAAAUCUUGCCUGCCAAAUCUGUUUGAAAUCCUUGAAGUAACAGGCAGGAUAGACAAAGGGGAGUCUGUGGAUGUUGUUUAUUUGGAUUUUCAGAAGGCUUUUGACAAGGUGCUGCCCAUGAGGCUGCUUAGCAAGAUAAGAGCCCAUGACAUUACGAGAAAAAUGCUGGCAUGAAUAGAAUAGCUGACUGACAGGAGGCAAGGUGUGGGAAUGAAGAGGUUCUAUACUCGUUAACUGCCAGUGACUAGCGCUGUUCCACAUAGGUUGGUACUGGCACCCUUUCUUUCUGCAUCAUAUGUCACUGAUUUGGAUGUUCCAAAUCACGGCUUUGUGGCCUAGUUUGUGGACAAUAUGAAGAAGAUGGAGGGGCAGGUAGUGUUGAGGAAGCAGGAAGUCUACAGAAGAAGAUGGACAGAUUGGGAAAUGGACAAAGAAGUGACAGAAUAGAGUCAGGCAGUGUAUGGUCAUGCACUUUGGUAGAAGGAAUAAAGGCAUAGACUAUUUUCUAAAUGGAGAGAAAAUUUUAAAACAAUCAGAGCUGCAAGAGAACUUUGGAGUCUGUGUGCAAUCUUCCCUAAAUAUUAACUUACAGGUUGAUUUGGUGGUGAGGAAAUCAAAUAGAAUGUUAACAUUCAUUUCAAGAGGGGUAAACACAAAAGCAAGGAUGUAAUAAUAAUAUUUUAUAAGGAAUUGGUCACACUGCAGUAGAGUACUGUGAACAGUUUUGGGUGUCUCAUCUAAGAAAAUUUGUGCUGGCAUUCAAGACGGAUCAGAAGUGUUUCACAAGAAUGGUUCUGGAAGUAAAAGGGUUAAUGUAUGAGGAACGAAUGGGGAUCUCAUUGAAACCCAUCAAAUAUUGAAAGGCUUAGAGAGAGUAGCUGUGGAGAGGGUGUUUCCUAUAGUAGGUGACUCUAGGACCAGAGGGUAUAGCCUCAGAAUAGAGGGACAUCCAUUUAGAACAGAGAUGAGGAGGAAUUUCUUUAGCCAGAGGGUUGUGAAUUUCAGGAAAUCAUGGCCAUGGACAGCUGAGGAGGUCAAGUCAUUGGGUAUAUUUAAAACAGAUGUUGAUAGGUUCUUGAUUAGUCAGGGUAUCAAAGCUUAUGAGGCAAAGGCAGGCGAAUGGGUUUGAGAGAGAUAAUAAAUCAGCCAUGAUGGAUCAUUGGACCAAAUGACCUAAUUCUACUCCUAUGUCUUAUGGUCUCUAAUUGUUUUCUCUUCUUCAAUAACCAACAUAUCGUUUGGUUGAUUGAGGAAGACUGUGACUUCAGAUCUAGUACAAAGCUAAGGGUUGAUAUCACAGAGUUGGUGCAAUUAAAGGGAAUCAUAGAAAUUCCUUUGAAGAGGGGAGAAAAUCAACUUCAAAGUGUUGGAUCCUUAUGCUUUUGUGAUCCAAAUGAUCUUUGCAAGUCAAGAACGAGGCAUAAAACUUAUUGCUUACAGCCAAUUUUUUUAAAGUGUUGCAAGAGUAGAAAAUGAACAA